ACCAACAUGAGAAUUAUUGUACAGUCAAGUCUUAUUUUGUUGCUGCUCUGUUAUAUUCAGACAGCAACCAGUCAUCGUUAUGAGCCACCUGAAAGUUACAGCCACCACCAUCACAAAGGAGGAAAAAGUUUUACUCUUCGCAGCAUCGACACCGAGUCAAAACCUAAUGCAUCUAUAGAAAAGAUUGUUGUAAAUGAUUCAGCGCCUUUAAAAAUUAUUGUUACAAGAGAAGUUGGCAACACCAGCAUUACUGAAAAUGUUAAAAAUAUUAGUACAGUUGCAUUAGAGGUACAAAAGAACGAUACUGAUAUUAAAGUGGAAGUAAAUGCUACCGAAGAAGUAAAAAAUGUUACCAAAAGAGGUUGUUGUGAUGAGAAGAGGACGGAUCUUAAUAAACAGACAAAACGUCAAGCGGAAACCAGUGAGACAUUACAAAAUAAAAUAUCCAGAGAUAUAGACAAUGUAAUGACCAAUUUUAAUUUGGAUAAAGUGAUUAGAAACAUCAGAUCUAACAACAUCACAAACCAGUCAUUGGAUGAUGUUUCAAGUUUGAAUAUAACGAAGAGAUUUACUAGUAAUAUUCCACCAAGUGACGUUGUUGCAUCCAAUAAUUCUGACAUCAAGCUUACUAUUAGAGACGAUACAAUGCAGAUUGAUUUAUCAAGCAACAGGCCAAACGGUGGGCCCCUUAAAGGCGUUAUUUCAGAGGAACAAAGAAUGAGACAUAACAAGACUUUGGUGAAGAGAAACACUGAAUGCAAAUGUGGAGUAUUCCCUAAGGAAACCAUAGCAUUUAACGAGACUGCUAUUAUUAGUAAAUCUAUCAGUAAUUUAUGUGGCAAGGAAAACGAUACAUGGGAAUGUGAAAGACAAUGCAAGGAAUUAUUGCUGAAGGAAAGUACCCCUGAAAAGUUGUGUGCCAUUGUCGUCGAUGGAUCAAAUUUGAUUAUACAUCACUUUGCCAUGGCUUGCGACGACAGAUGGAGAUGUCUUCAUGCUCCCUCAACAAACUUAUGUUGCAAGGACAAGAAUCCGAUAGCCUGUUGAUUAGACUAUUAUCUUUAAAAAUAUGUACUGGUGAAUUUUCGAUGACGACAAUGCAGUGUAACUGGACUGAUUUAUGAAGUUAUAAAUAAACGUUUGUUCUAAAAUGGAAAA